AUGCCUUCCGAUGACGAGGGCUUCGAGAUCACUGGCGCCAAAGGCCCCAACGUCCGACCGGCACCUAAACCUCGUAGGUCGGCAAGGACCAAACUGCCUCCGAUCCCCAAGAUACCAUCGCCAUCACGCGAGUCAUUCGAGGUGGCGGCCGAAUCCAGCUCGGCUGCCACGAAGCGCGCCAGUGCCAGCCCGGCUGCCAAGCGCAAGCGGACGAGUCGGUCAUUGGGAUCCGAGUCGGCAGCCGAGCAGGACGAGCUCGAAGAAGGCCCCAAGCGCAGGUACAAGAAGCCAUUCACCUCGACCAAAGCGCCCCGGAGCUCUCCUUCCAAGACGACGCCAAAGGAAAAGAAGGAGCAGAAGGAGGCCAAGCCCAAGAAGCUCAGCCAGGCGGCGCUGUUGCGAAACAAGACGCAGGAGCUGCAGGACGACGAGCACUUUGGAAAGCUCCCCGAGGCGACCAUCAAGCGCAUCGCCAAGGCGCACGUGGAGCGACUCUAUCUCAUCCAUCGCUUCCGCCACGGCACCACGCUUCGGGAGGAGUUCGACGUCUUUGGCAGCAAGGGCAAUGUUUACAAGGUCGCGCUAGCCCAGAACGUCGAGUGCAGCUGUAUGGACUUUGCCCUGCAACGUCGUCCGUGCAAGCACAUCCUCUUCGUGUACAUCAAGGUGUUGCGCCUUGCGGGACAUCUGCCGGUCUACUCUCGAGUUCGCCUAUCCAAUUCGGAGCUGGAGACAAUCUUCGCCGAGGCACGCAUGGAUCCUGUCGCCGAGGCCAUGGCACACAAGGGCGUGAGGCGCGCUUGGGAGAACGCCGUCGGAUUCGAUCCGAAUGCUGCAUCCAGCUCCAGCUCAGAGUCGAUGAGCGGCGAAGAGGGCAAGCGGAUCAUUCCGGAAGAAGGCGACAUGUGCGGUGUCUGCUACGAGGACCUGGAGCCGGGCAGCACCGAAGGCCUCGAGUUCUGUCUCAAGUCGUGCGGUCGACCGAUCCACAGCGACUGCCUGCAAAAGUGGUUCGACAGCCGUGGAUUUGCCAGGACCUGCAUCUGGUGUCGCGCAAAGUGGGAUGGCGCCGCAGAGGCUCGCAAGGAUCCACACGCCGACGGGUACGGCAUCGGUGUGGGCCGUCACGGAUCCGUGGUUGACGAGCGCGGCAACGUUCUCAAUCUGGCGGCGGCGGCGGCUGCUGCUGCUGCUCUCGAGCCAGCUGAUGAGCCCGAGCCAGCUGAUGCGCCCGAGCCAGCUGCAACCGAUGCGACCACCGGCUGGGACCAAGCGCCGAAUUCCCACUCGACUGCAUCGGUGUUGGUCUCGCCACGUCUCGAAUCCAACUCAACCCUCCCUCCCUCUUCCACCUUCCACCGCCACACCCUCUGCACUCGCCACGGGAAGCGACGCAACCCCGCCAUGGCGUCGUUCCUGAGUCAGGCGUCGUCCUACUUUGGACGCACCAACAUCUCGGUCAACUACACGAUUGACGAGUCGCAGUCGCCCGCGCACUGUGGUCUGUGGAAGAUCUUCCGUGCGACGCGCAAUGCGUCGUCCUUGGCCCCAGCUGCCGGUGGCUCAAGCUCUUCAUCGGCGUCUAAGAAUACCGUGUCGAUAUGGACGCAUACGUUCAACACACGCGGCCAGGUGCGCCAGCGCAUCACCGAGCAGCUCAAGAAGGAGGCGUCGUCGCUCACACGCCUGCGCCAUCCGUGCAUCCUCGAGGUGGUCGAGCCGCUGGAAGAGUCGCGCAACGACGUCACCUUCGCCACCGAACAGGUGUUUGCCUCGCUCUCGGAAGCGCUCGUCUCGGACCACCGCCAAGACGUGCAGCUGGACGAGGUCGAGAUCCAAAAGGGCCUGCUCCAGGUCGCACGUGGCCUCGAGUUCCUCCACACCGCAAAGAUGGUCCAUCAGAACCUCUCUCCCGACUCGAUCCUCAUCAACGCCAAGGGCGACUGGAAGCUCGCCGGCUUCUCGUUUCUCACGCCGCUCGAGCUUCCUGGCGGAGGUGGCAAGACGCCGUGGACGUUUCCCGACUACGACCCGAGCCUGCCGCCGGCCAUGAGCCGCAACUUUGACUACAUGGCACCCGAGUAUGCACUCGACGAAAAGUUGGGGCCGGAAAACGACAUGUACAGCCUGGGCUGUGUCGUCUACGCCGUGCACAACAAGGGCUCUCCGCCGUUUCGCAACCGCAACUCGCUGCCCAACCUGCGGGGCAACGCGGACCAGCUCGCCACCACCAUCGGCAGCCAGAGCUGGUCGCGCAUGGGCAGCGAUGUGCUCGACGUGCUCUCGAGCCUGCUCACGCGCUUUCCUGCCGCGCGUCUCACCGCGGCGUCGUUCCAGCAAGCGCGCUACUUCAACUCGAUCCUCGUCUCGACGCUCAAGUUCAUGGAGCGCGACAGCUUUGCCGGACGCACCAAGGAGGAGCGCGUGCAGUACCUCAAGGGCCUGCUCAAGAUCCUCCCGCAGUUCUCGGACCGCCUUUUGCGGCGCAAGGUACUGCCGGCCGUACUGGAGCUCAUGACCGACCGCUCGCUGCUGCCUUUCAUCCUGCCCAACGUGUUCCACAUCUCGAAGAACCUCUCGUCGCUCGAAUUCACCAACUCGGUGCUGCCCAAGCUCAAGCCGCUGUUUGCGGUGCAGGAUCCGCCGCAGAACAUGCUGCUGCUGCUCGACCAGAUCGAGCCGCUGUUCGUGCCCAAGACGGCGCCCACCACGUUCCGCGAGGAGGUGACGCCGCUUCUGUAUGCUGCGCUCGAGGCGGAAAACGUGCUGGUGCAGGAAAAGGCACUACGCACCGUACCUCGACUCGCCGAGAUCCUCGAAUACGCGCACGUCAAAGAGGUGCUCUUCCCCAAACUCGCAUCGCUCUUUGCCAAAACCAAGGUGCUCAGCGUCAAGGUCAGCUGUCUGAUCUGCUUCCAUGCGAUGGUGGGUAUUCUGGACAAGUACACGCUGACGGAAAAGCUGGUGCCCAUCCUGGCGCGCAUCAAGACCAAGGAGCCGAGCGUCAUGGUGGCGACGCUUGCGGUGCACGAGAGCAUGGCAGCCAAGGUGGACCGCGAAACGCUCGCCACCGCCAUCAUCCCGCAGCUCUGGAUCAUGUCCAUGGGCCCGCUGCUCAACGCCGACCAGUUCGGACGCUUCAUGAAGGCGGUGCGCGAGAUGAGCACGCGCGUCGAGAAGGAGCAUACCGCGCACCUGCGCGACGUCAAGCGCAUGCAGGAGCAUACCGACUCGUACACCGCCGACGCGCGCGCGGGCGGCCCGGGCGCAAACGGCGCUGCAGGAGGCGUCACUGGCAUCGGCGCCGGCGGCGAGAUCGACUUUGCCACGCUCGUCGGCCAGACCAAAACAGCACGCGGCGCGGACAAGGCGGUGGCAGACGACCCGUUCGGGCUGGCAGACGACUUUGGCGCGCUCGGUGGCGGAUCCUCGGGCCUCGGCGGCGGGGCGGGUCUGGUGGCGUCCGACAUCUCGCCUGCGGUCUCGAGCACGCCCACGCCCAUCGGUGGUCUCACACCCACGCACACGGGCCGAUCGGCGCCCAAGCCCAGCACACCAUCGCUGCUCUCUUCCAGCACCGCAUCGAGCACUGCAAGCAGCGUCCCGGCGCUAGCACCACCGCCGUCGUUUGUGCGCCCGCCACUCAGCGCCUCUUCGUCAUCCACCUCGUCGAGAUCCGCAGCACCCAUCACAUCGGCCACCAUUGCGCCAGUCAACGGUAGCUGGAACAGCGUGCUUCAACCCAGCUCCUCCAGUGUUGCCAAGCCUGCUGCGGCCACGUCCACGGCCUCUGGUGCAGCCGGUGGUGGAGGUGCGGGGCCGAACUACAAUAUCUCGCUGCCGCCAGCGACGGGGACGGGAUGGAACCCAGCGUCGUCGUCGCUGUCCUCAUCGCUGGCGCCCGCCAUCGAGCCUGCUCCGCCAGUUAGCAUUGCGCCGACACCAGCAGCGUCGGUAGGCCCACCAGGGUGGGGAGGUAGCGUAUUGCAGCCCAAUAAGUCGGCUGCGGUCGGAGGCGCGGGCGCAAAGUCGACCACAGACGCAUGGAAGGACUUUGACCCGUUUGCCUGA